GGAAGAGAACCUAUUGUACAUGACCUUGCAAACGAAAGUUUGCAAAAUGUCAUAAAAACUUACUUUGCAGACAAUGAACCGAGAAGGGAUGAAUAUUUAAGAAAACUCAAAUGGACAGUACCAAAUGAAAUGUUAGUAUUGAAAAACAUGUUCCUUGACAAAAUAAAACCAACUACAGAAAUAAAUGACGCAAGACUGAAACGUUGGGUAAAAGCUUUCCCAUUCACAAAAGAUAUUAUUGGUUACAUGGAAAGAAAACCAGAAUGGCUACAAAAACAUAUAUUUGGAAACGAGCUUAUUCCAUAUGGACAAGCUCUGUUUGAAGAGCUUGAACCGGAAACUCAGGAAAGAGUCAUGCAAACAAUACGCGAAGACUCAAAUACAAACUAUGACAAAAUCUUUCUAGGAUAUAGGUUACCUGAGAUGGGCGACCAGAGCCCAAAGGCAAAAAGGACAUGGGAAAUUUACAACAUACUAGGUGAACAUGAGGCAAAGAUGCAACAACUUGAAGCAGAGGGCAAGUUACCAAAAGCGACACCAAAGAAGAAGAGUAGAACAAAGUGA